CUCUUUUUGCCUCAAUAACAUGCUCGGUUAUUACUUAACAAUAGCGCAAUAUCUGCUGGGAAUUUCGAGCUAAUCGUUUUGCCGGCUUGAGCUAAUGAUUUUGCCAAAUAUCUGAAACAAUCGUAGAUUACGCUUAUUUUUGGGGAUUAGUGCUGAUAUCGCGACAAUUUAAUAAACAGCAUUACAUCUAACUAUUUCCAGUCGCUGCAUCAAUUGAUUGUUUGAAAGCUACCAUGGCAUUUAGAUUCCUCAAUAAUGCCGUAAUAACUGGCCACAUCGAUGCGUACUGUUUGGUCUGCGAGAGCCAUCUCCGAAAUACAGAAGACGUACACUAUCACAUUGUUAAACCGAUCCAUAUUAAGAAUCUUGAUACAACAGGUUAUUUCGACAAAUAUAAGGAUGAUUGUAUUAGAAAGGUCAAAAAACGAUACUUUUGCGAAUACUGCAACAUCCUUCUCCCUACUGCUGCCAAAGUGGGUUUACACGUAGUUGAACUGGUGCAUGUGGAAAACAAAAGUGCCCAACAUCUAAAGCGUAUUGGAAGCUCCAUUAUAGCUUUCGACAAUGUCUUAAUCAAUGAAAAAGCAUGGAAUGGUGUAAAAGAAGACACAUGUUUAAUUUGUGGAGUGGAGUUUGACAAUGAAGGCAUUCAUAAGACCGAAGCAAUGCACAUUAUUAAUUUGAUUCAGAGUAACAUUGAAUUUGGGUCAGAUAAUACCGUGUAUCGAAAGAUUGACGAAAGUUCGUUCCAAUGUCUCACAUGCAAUGAUGUACUCGCAAUAGAAACGAUGUCCACACAUGUCGAUGACACAAACCACAAGAAACUAUAUUCUGAAUGUCGUCAAGCUUACAUCGCUUCUAUUGCUAAUGAAAAGGAAAAGCCACCAGUUGAUGUAAGUAAAGUGGUUGAAAACUCUGAAACAUCUGUUACAACUGGGAAAGAACAAAAACUAGACCCACAAAAUGAAUCGAAAAAAGAAAUACCCAAGCCUGAUCCUAUUGAAGUAAAAAAAGAAGUAAUCCCAGAAGUCAGUGAAAAAAAUCAAAUUUCCUCAACUGACUCAGCUAAAAAAUCAACACCAGAAAUCAGUGCCAAAAAUCCAAUUACCCCAACAGAGUCAGUAAAAAAAUCUACACCAGAAAUUAAGAAGCCUGAAGAAGCAAAACCGAAACUUGAAAAAGGAACUCUAUAUUUCGAUAAGGAGAUUUGUAAAGCUCUGAAUGCUAAUAAUUACAUAGCUAGUGACGAGAAUGGUAAAAAAUGGUGCAUACUUUGUGACUGGACUGUCCUUACAGCAGAUGCACAUAUUCAAAGCUUACAUCAUCAAACUAUACUGAAAAUGCAUAAAGAAAGGAUGGAAAAGAAAAAGACUAAUAAAUUAGGUUCAGACAAAUGUACUCCCGCCCAAACGGAGCAAAAGAUCACAAAUCAAAUAUUGGAUAUGUUACCGAAAUUGGACAAAAACGAUAUUAUAGUGGAAUGCAAAAGCAAUGUCGCAUUCUGUAAGAGAUGUAGCCAAGUUCUUGAUUUUAAUCAUUUAGCAAUUGAGAAUCAUAUAAUCGAGCAACACAAAGACGAUAAAAAAGAAGAAUUAACGAAGCCAUCCAAUAACAACAAAAAAGUGGAUGAUGCCAAAAAAACGCAAAAGAUAGUAGAGGACACCAAGAAGCCUCAAUCUCCUACAACAAAGAAAGCUCAAAUGAUGAAAAAACAGGAAAGAGAGUCAGAGUCUCGAGCCAGCUCAGCUGCUUCAACUCGAGAAUCCGAUGAUGACAUCGAAAAACUCGUAAAAGCAAAUAACUUGACGUUCAAUCGUAACAGUAACAAAAUUUACUGCUCUGCAUGUGACGUCCAUUUCAUUUCUACAAUAAAGAAAAUAAACAAACAUGUCUCAGACACAACACAUAAAAACAACACAGCUAUGAAGUCAACGAAACCAAGUUUUACACAGACUGUAAUGAAAAAGGCAAAAAUGAAAGACUUCAUAACAGAUGUAGUUGCUGUCGAAAACGCAUACAUUAGGGAUGUGAUAGUAAAUGAAAAAUACGUAUUAAACAAUUACAGCUUUGUUAUGUUAACGAAGCAGUACCGACUGAGAUGCGAAGCGUGUGAGAUGAAUUUGACCAACGAGCAAGUGGAACAACAUAAGUUUUCGCGCAGUCAUCACAGAGCUAUGUGCGAAACGAUGGUUAUAGUUUCGUUCGAGUCCGAGUUCAUUCGGGAGCUCCGCCCAGAAGUCUACCACUGCGGCUACUGCAACGUUGUCCAAACAAGUUAUGAAGACCUGGAGAAUCAUCUCCAGAGCACAUCUCACCGCGAAGCCAAAAACUUCUCACUGUGGCGUCUGAAGCAGUAUGGUCCUGAGAUAAUCAAUCAUAGGAAACAGCAUCCGCCGACAUUCAUGGACGUUCCCGAUCUUCUAAAGGUUGAGAUAGAGGAUUAGAAAUAUGGUGUGUUAGUAUAAGUUUAAUUAGUAGGAUCGGUUUCGGUGAAUAAUCAACAAUAAUAAUUGCUUAGUGAAGGUACGUCAUGAUUACAUCUUCAUAAUAGUAAUUAUACUUUAGCCAAAUUCGAAGUAGAAUAUUUAGUAACAAAACGUUGUUAGGCAGCCAAUGAUGGCAUAGACCCACGGCCAGGGGCCAUGAACUCUUAUUACGAUUCAGUUUAGGACCUAAAAUAAAUCGUUGUGAGAAGUAGAGGUGGUCAUUAUUGCAACACCAGAUUAAGCAAUGUAUUAUUACUCUUACGCAUUCUAUAACUCAUUAUCGAAUAACCAGUCUAAACUGACCCUUUGCUCUCGUUCUCCGUCCGAAACAUAUAAGUAAUACUCUUAGAUUAUCACUAAUAUCAGGUUUCUUACCACGAUGUAUGAUUUCUUUUUAUUUUCCCGAUAUUUCGGAACGGUUGCA